AUGGCGCAAGCAGGUCCUAUCACGGACGUCACCCAGCGACUCUUUGUCGAGUUGAAGUCUAGAAAUGAGGAGACACGGGCAAAUUGGCCUCCGGAGAAGUUCCUCGAAUUUUACAAUGCUGUCAGUCAACGCAUCGCGCAGCUCGUGGUUACGGGAAGUGACGCACAUGAACGAAUCGGUGGCUUGUUGGCGCUCGAUCGGUUAAUCGAUUUUGAUGGUGUCGAUGCCGCUCAGAAGACUACUCGGUUCGCAAGCUAUCUGCGCAGCGCUCUUCGCAGCAACGAUAACGCGGUAUUAGUCUACGCAGCCAGAUCCCUCGGACGUCUGGCAAAGCCGGGCGGAGCUCUUACUGCGGAAUUGGUCGAAAGUGAGAUACAAUCGGCGUUAGAAUGGCUUCAAUCCGAACGGCAAGAAAGCAGACGCUUCGCUGCUGUGUUAGUUAUCCGAGAGCUUGCCAAGGGCUCGCCAACUCUACUUUAUGGCUUUGUCCCCCAGGUCUUUGAGCUCAUCUGGGUUGCCCUGCGGGACCCCAAAGUCCUUAUCCGAGAAACAGCCGCUGAAGCAGUAUCCGAGUGUUUUGAAAUUAUAGCUGCGAGAGACGCCCAAGUUCGGCAACUGUGGUUCGCAAGGAUAUACGAGGAGGCGCUGCUCGGCCUUAAAUCCAGCAAUGUGGAUUGGGUACACGGCUCGCUCUUGGUUCUAAAAGAGCUUCUCCUUAAAGGUGCUAUGUUCAUGAACGAGCAUUAUCGGAAUGCCUGUGAGAUUGUCCUCCGCCUCAAGGAUCACCGCGAUCACAAGAUCCGUGCCCAAGUUGUCCAGACCAUCCCUAUUCUCGCCUCCUACGCCCCUGUCGAUUUCACAGAGAUCUACCUCCAUCGAUUUAUGAUAUAUUUGCAGGCGCAGCUAAAGAGAGAUAAAGAGCGUGAUGCAGCAUUCAUCGCCAUUGGAAAAAUCGCCAAUGCGGUUGGUCCCGCCAUCGCACAAUAUCUCGAUGGGAUCAUCAUCUACAUACGCGAAGGAUUAGCCAUGAAAGCUCGCAAUCGAGCCGCCAUCAACGAAGCACCAAUGUUUGAGUGCAUCAGUAUGUUAUCCUUGGCCGUUGGACAGACGCUCAGCAAAUAUAUGGAAUCGCUGCUCGACCCCAUAUUCGCAUGUGGGCUGAGCGAAUCACUCACGCAAGCGCUCGUGGAUAUGGCUCAUUAUAUCCCUCCCAUAAAGCCUACGAUACAGGAGAAGCUCUUGGAUAUGCUCAGUCUUAUCCUUCAUGGGACGCCAUUUCGCCCACUCGGAUGCCCAGAGAGCAGGUUACCGCCCAUGCCGUCAUUUGCGAAAGAUUUUGCACCGCAAGAGUUGCACUCCGAUGCCGAGAUCGCGUUGGCACUUCACACUCUUGGUAGUUUCGACUUCUCUGGCCAUAUUCUCAACGAAUUUGUGCGUGAUGUCGCUAUUAACUACGUCGAGAAGGACAACCCCGAAAUAAGAAAAGCCGCGGCACUCACUUGCUGCCAGCUUUUCGUCCAUGAUCCGAUCAUUAACCAGACAAGCAGCCAUUCCAUCCAAGUCGUGAGUGAAGUGAUUGACAAGUUGUUGACCGUCGGUGUUGGCGACCCAGAUCCGGAAAUUCGUCGCACUGUUCUCUGGUCAUUGGAUCGCAAGUUUGAUCGUCAUCUUGCGAGGCCUGAAAACAUUCGCUGUUUAUUCUUGGCCGUCAAUGAUGAAGUUUUUGCAGUCCGAGAAGCUGCAAUUUGCAUCAUUGGCCGUCUGUCCAGUGUCAAUCCGGCCUACGUAUUCCCUCCUCUACGGAAACUCCUUGUCAAUCUUCUUACUGGCCUCGGAUUUGCAAGCACAGCGCGGCAAAAGGAGGAGAGUGCUCAGCUCAUCAGCCUGUUCGUCUCGAAUGCGACAAAGCUAAUCAGGUCUUAUGUCGACCCCAUGGUGACAACCUUGCUUCCGAAGGCCACGGAUGCUAACCCUGGCGUCGCCUCAACUACAUUGAAGGCUGUCGGAGAGCUUGCGAAUGUUGGAGGCGCGGAGAUGAGGAACUAUCUCCCUCAGCUCAUGCCUAUUAUCUUGGACUCGCUCCAGGAUCUUUCCUCUCAUGCUAAGCGAGAGUCAGCUUUGCGGACGCUGGGCCAGUUGGCCAGCAACUCUGGCUAUGUUAUUGACCCCUUUCUUGAAUACCCCCAUUUACUUGCCGUUCUCAUCAACAUCAUCAAGACCGAACAAACCGGUUCCCUUCGUAAGGAAACCAUCAAGCUACUGGGAAUACUGGGUGCUCUUGAUCCGUACAAAUAUCAACAGAUCAGCGAGAUUGAACCUGAUGUCCACCACAUCAACGAGAUUCAAACGGUCUCCGAUGUUGCUCUCAUCAUGCAGGGACUUACUCCCUCUAAUGAGGAGUACUACCCUACUGUGGUGAUUCACACCCUGAUGCAGAAUAUUUUGCGCGAAAACUCCCUUGCUCAAUAUCACUCCGCAGUUAUCGACGCGAUCGUCACCAUCUUCAAGACUUUGGGUUUGAAGUGUGUGCCGUUCCUCGGCCAGAUCAUCCCUGGCUUCAUUUCGGUCAUCAGAGGAGCGCCACCGAGUCGCCUUGAAUCCUACUUUAACCAGAUGGCCAUUCUGGUAAACAUUGUCCGCCAGCAUGUUCGCGCUUUUCUUCCGGAGAUUAUCGAUGUCAUACGGGAAUUCUGGGAUGCAUCCUAUCAAGUUCAAGCGACGAUACUUUCCCUCAUGGAAGCCAUCGCCAAGUCCUUGGAAGGCGAAUUCAAGAAAUACCUGGCUGCUCUUAUUCCUUCUAUGCUGGACACCCUCGAAAAGGAUACCACGCCGCGCCGCCAGCCUUCAGAGAAAAUUCUCCAUGCCUUUCUUGUUUUUGGCACAAGUGGGGAGGAAUACAUGCAUUUGAUUAUUCCAUCGGUGGUACGCCUGUUUGAAAGGACUCAAAACCCGCAGAGUGUUAGAAAAUCUGCCAUUGAGAGUCUGACGAAGCUUUCCCGACAAGUAAAUGUUUCCGACUUCUCUUCAUUGAUGAUCCACUCUUUGGCUCGAGUUGUUGCGGGCAACGACCGGGCCUUGAGACAAUCAGCUAUGGACUGUAUUUGUGCCCUAAUCUUUCAACUCGGUCAAGACUUUUGCCACUACAUAAAUCUGUUGAACAAGGUCUUGAAGAACAACCAAAUCAAUCACGUCAAUUAUCAGAUUCUGGUUUCGAAACUUCAAAAAGGCGAUCCUCUUCCGCAGGAUUUGAACCCCGAUGAGAAUCAAGCCACCAUGGCGGAUGAGUCAAGCUAUUCUGAUGUUGGCCAGAAAAAGAUGGUUGUGAACCAGCAGCACUUGAAGAAUGCCUGGGAUGCUUCUCAGAAAUCAACACGGGAGGAUUGGCAGGAAUGGAUACGCCGUUUCAGUGUUGAGCUACUUAAAGAGUCACCCUCACCAGCUCUACGUGCUUGCGCAAGUUUGGCCGGCAUCUACCAGCCGCUCUCAAGAGAUCUUUUCAACGCUGCUUUCGUGUCCUGCUGGACCGAACUGUACGAUCAGUAUCAAGAAGAGCUUGUACGGUCGAUCGAGAAGGCGCUCACCUCACCCAACAUCCCUCCUGAGAUACUUCAGAUUUUGCUCAAUCUUGCCGAGUUUAUGGAGCAUGAUGACAAGGCUCUUCCCAUUGACAUUCGUACACUAGGCAAAUACGCCGCAAAAUGCCAUGCUUUUGCGAAGGCGCUCCAUUACAAAGAGCUGGAAUUCGAGCAAGAUCAGAAUUCCGGGGCUGUUGAAGCCUUGAUCACCAUUAAUAACCAACUGCAACAAUCCGACGCUGCCAUUGGUAUCCUCCGCAAAGCCCAAGCCUAUCGAGAUGUGGAGUUGAAGGAGACCUGGUUCGAGAAACUCCAGCGAUGGGAAGAGGCGCUUGCUGCCUACAAACGCCGGGAAAAGAUCGAUCCAGAUUCUUUUGGUGUCACCAUGGGCAAGAUGCGGUGUCUGCAUGCACUUGGCGAGUGGAAGGUAUUGUCUGACCUUGCCCAGGAGAAGUGGAACCAGGCUUCGCUAGAACAUCGCAGAGCCAUUGCUCCCCUAGCAGCAGCUGCUGCCUGGGGACGAGGCCAGUGGGAGUUGAUGGACUCUUACCUGGGUGUAAUGAAGGAGCAGUCACCGGAUCGGUCAUUCUUUGGUGCGAUCCUCGCAAUUCAUCGGAACCAAUUUGAUGAAGCGACCAUGUAUAUUGAGAAAGCACGGAAUGGCCUCGAUACGGAGCUGUCGGCAUUGCUUGGAGAAUCGUACAACCGUGCAUACAACGUCGUCGUCCGUGUUCAAAUGCUUGCGGAACUGGAGGAGAUCAUUACAUACAAGCAGAACGUCGGCGAUCCUGAGAAGCAGGAGUCCAUGCGCCAGACGUGGAACAAGAGAUUACUUGGUUGCCAACAGAAUGUUGAGGUCUGGCAACGCAUGCUCAAGGUUAGGGCGCUUGUCACUUCGCCACGUGAGAACCUCGAUAUGUGGAUCAAGUUUGCCAACCUAUGCCGUAAAUCUAACCGCAUGGGACUUGCUGAACGGUCUCUUGCAUCCUUGGAGACCGUCAUCAAUGACAGCAAUGGUCCACGGACCAUUGCUCCUCCAGAGGUGACUUACGCUCGGCUAAAGUUCAACUGGGCUACAGGCCGUCAGCGUGACGCCCUUCAGAUGCUGAAAGAAUUCACCUCAAAUUUGACAGAUGACCUCAACCGCUUCAAUGCGCUCAUGGUAUCACAGUCUGAGCAUAGUGGUAUGAACGGUGUCAACGGUAUCACCGAGUCAAACCACGCCGACAUUAUGGGUCUACGCGAACGGAUUGGCGACGUAGCCAAAUUCCGUAGGCUCCUUUCCAAAAGCUAUCUUAGGCAAGGAGAAUGGCAAACGUCUCUACAACGAGGCGAUUGGAAGCCCGAACAUGUCCGUGAGGUACUCGGUGCUUACUCAGCUGCCACCAAAUACAACCGUGACUCGUACAAAGCCUGGCACUCUUGGGCAUUGGCGAACUUUGAAGUCGUGACAACAAUUGCCAGUCAGGCCAGUAGGGAUGGGACUGUUAAGCCCGUAGUACCUGGGCAUAUCGUGGCGGAGCAUGUCAUCCCUGCUAUUGGAGGGUUUCUCAGGUCGAUCGCUUUGUCGUCAACUUCGUCUCUUCAAGAUACAUUGAGGUUACUCACCUUGUGGUUCACUUAUGGUGGCGACCAGGAAGUAAACAACGUUGUCACAGAAGGGUUUACGGCGAUAAAUAUUGAUACAUGGCUCGCGGUCACCCCUCAACUCAUCGCACGUAUCAACCAGCCAAACCUCAAGGUUCGGACGGCUGUACAUCGACUUCUGGCCGAAGUUGGCAAGACUCAUCCGCAGGCACUGGUAUACCCAUUGACUGUUGCGAUGAAAUCACAUAUUACCCGCCGUUCACAGUCCGCCAGCACUAUCAUGGACAGUAUGCGGCAGCACAGUGCUACUUUGGUUGAGCAAGCUGAUCUUGUGAGUCAUGAGCUGAUUCGGGUUGCAGUCUUAUGGCACGAACUCUGGCAUGAAGGUCUGGAAGAAGCUUCUCGGCUUUACUUUGGUGACCAUGAUGUGGAGGGCAUGUUCUCCACUCUCGCACCCCUCCAUGAAAUGCUGGACAAGGGUGCGGAAACCCUACGUGAGGUUUCUUUCGCUCAGGCGUUUGGGCGCGAUCUUGCCGAGGCAAAGCACUAUUGUAUGCUGUAUCGCGAAACGGAAGAGAUUGGUGAUCUGAAUCAGGCUUGGGACCUCUAUUACACUGUGUUCCGGAAGAUCAGCCGGCAGCUUCCACAGUUAUCGACUCUCGAUCUUAAAUAUGUGUCGCCCAGGCUGAAAGACUGCCACGAUCUUGCCCUUGCUGUUCCCGGAACCUACCAGAGUGGUCGUCCUAUCAUUCGUAUCAUCAGCUUUGACCCUAUACUGCACGUGCUACAAACCAAGAAGCGGCCUCGAAGAAUGACUCUGAAGGGAAGCAAUGGAAGCUCGUACAUGUAUGCUCUCAAGGGACAUGAGGACAUCCGGCAAGAUGAGCGAGUCAUGCAACUGUUUGGUCUUGUCAAUACUCUGCUCGAUAACGAUGGUGAGACAUUCAAACGCCAUUUGUCGGUACAGCGGUUCCCCGCUAUUCCGCUGUCUCAGAGCUCUGGUAUACUGGGAUGGGUCUGCAAUAGUGAUACAUUGCACGCACUUAUCAAGGAGUACCGUGAGAGUCGCCGCAUUCUACUCAAUAUCGAACAUCGUAUCAUGUUGCAGAUGGCUCCAGAUUAUGACAAUCUCACCCUGAUGCAAAAGGUUGAAGUAUUCGGAUACGCCAUGGACAACACCACCGGGAAAGACCUGUAUCGCGUCCUGUGGCUCAAGAGCAAGAGCUCCGAAGCCUGGCUUGAGCGGCGAACGAACUACACACGAUCGCUGGGUGUCAUGUCCAUGGUCGGCUACAUCCUAGGUCUGGGUGAUCGUCAUCCAUCAAAUCUUCUCCUGGAACGCGCUACCGGACGAGUGGUUCACAUCGAUUUUGGUGACUGCUUCGAAGUUGCGAUGCACCGUGAGAAGUAUCCGGAGAGAGUGCCAUUCCGCUUAACUCGGAUGUUGACAUUCGCUAUGGAAGUCAGCAAUAUCGAGGGAAGCUACCGUAUUACCUGCGAGGCUGUCAUGCGUGUCAUCAGAGACAACAAGGAUUCACUAAUGGCUGUUCUGGAAGCGUUCAUCCACGAUCCCUUGAUUAAUUGGCGUCUGAACAUCCGAGAGUCACCAGAACGGCCGCCAUUCAGCACGGAGCGCCGACAGUCAGUCACAUCCGUCAUCAAUCUUGAACAUGGUGUGCAACCGAGUAAUUUCUCCCGACACCGUCGUCCAUCGAUUCUCGACGGUGGCAUUCUCGAUGUGCAGGAGGGUAUCCCACCUGAAGCACGCGAAGCACAGAAUGCACGAGCGGUGCAGGUGCUGGCUCGGGUGAAGGAGAAGCUCACAGGUAGAGAUUUCAAGCCCAGCGAAGAGCUCAAUGUGAGUGAUCAGGUGGACAAACUUCUCGCGCAGGCAACAAGCGUCGAGAACAUAUGCCAGCACUGGAUUGGAUGGUGCAGCUUCUGGUAG